AUGGAAAACCAAGUUAGCUCCACCUCUCCUACAGGAGAGUUCCUCAGCAGUGUGGACUUGAAUACCCGAAGUGCUGUGCUAUCCGACGUUCUUAAUAAUGCACGGAACAUCAACACUUUUUCCUCAGCCACGCGAGAAUUUCAAUCCCUCUCGAUCAGGCUCGAUGAUCAGUCUCUGAGCACGACUAUCUUGGCUCCGACAAAUAUAGCUAUUGAAAAGUUACCCAACAAGCCCUGGGAGAAACGAGAUGACUAUUCAAGCUUCGGUAUCCAUAAUGGCUACGUGGGAAAGCAGGGCGAGAAGCGAGCAAAUGAGAACCUCAAAAAAUUUGUCAAGGCUCACAUUAUACCCGGGACAUUUACUAAGGAGCAAAAAGCGUCUACGCUGGCAGGCCAAGAGAUAUACUGGGAUAAAUGUGACGAUGGGGGAACUCGGGUAUGCGUUCUCUGGGUUUUUGGUAGUGGAUAUGAUCUUCCUAAUCUCAGCACUAGAUUUUUCCUGGUAAUGUACAAGUUCAAUCAAUCGUGCGAGCUUGUAAUGGCGAAAUUUGGAUCUUGGGUGGCACGAUAG